CGGUGCUCGCAAGGAUUCGGCUUACGGUUCAUGAUGUCUGAGGAUUGCUUAUGAUGCAUUUAUAUACCGCAACGUAAUCAAGCUCUUCUACAAACCAGCAGAGGGGAAAGCUUUUCCAGUCGCGUAAAUCUCGGUUGACGUUUUGGCCGGAGGCAGACCGUUGCUUUCUGGCAGCGGCUUAGCGGCGUAACAGUGCUGUGUGAUAUUCCGCAAUCAUGCCAGCUUUAUCGACAGGAGCAGAGGGUGACACAGGUCUGUACGAGAUCUUGGCUACGCUACCGACCCAGCUGCAGCCGCAUGCGGACAGCCAGGAAGAUCUGACCUUCCUUUGGGAUAUGUUUGGUGAAAAAAGCCUCCAUUCACUGGUGAAGAUACACGAAAAAUUGCAUUAUUAUGAGAAGGAGAACCCGUUGCCCGUGAUCCACAGCGCUACUUCCCUGGCCGAUGACCUGGCUGAAGAACUCCAGAGCAAACCGCUGAACAGCGAGAUCAGAGAAUUGUUGAAACUCCUGUCAAAACCAAAUCUCAAGGCUCUUCUCUCCGUACAUGACACUGUGGCCCAGAAGAGUUAUGAUCCCGUUCUCCCCCCAAUGCCUGAUGAUAUUGACAGCGAUGAAGACUCCGUGAAAAUUAUCCGACUGGUUAAAAACCGGGAGCCCCUGGGAGCAACAAUUAAAAAAGAUGAACGCACAGGGGCAAUUGUUGUGGCAAGAAUAAUGCGCGGUGGAGCUGCCGACAGAAGUGGUCUGAUCCAUGUUGGUGAUGAGCUAAGGGAAGUUAAUGGAAUUUCUGUAGAAGAUAAGAAACCUGAAGAGAUUAUACAUAUUUUGGCCCAGUCACAAGGUGCAAUUACAUUUAAAAUCAUACCCAGCAUCAAAGAGGAAUCGCCAAACAAUGACGGCAAGAUGUUUGUUAAAGCCCUCUUUGAUUACUAUCCUAAUGAGGAUAAAGCUAUUCCUUGUAAAGAAGCUGGGCUAAAGUUCCGAAAGGGAGAUAUCCUUCAGAUCAUGAGCCAGGAUGAUGCAACUUGGUGGCAAGCCAAACACGAAGGUGACGCCAAUCCCAGAGCAGGCUUGGUUCCUUCAAAACAGUUCCAGGAGAGGAGAUUUGCACUGAGGAAACCUGUUGUAUUGAACCAGCCGCAGAAAGCCCCCAACAGAAAAUCAUCUGGGUUUAGGAGAAGUUUUCGUCUCAGCAGGAAGGACAGAAAAACAAAUAAAUUUAUGUAUGAAUGUAAGAAGAGCGAUCAAUACGAUAUGGCAGAUGUGCCGACCUAUGAAGAGGUAGCUUUGUAUCAGCGACCGGCUAAUGAGAAAUACAGACUGAUAGUCCUGGUCGGUCCUGUAGGAGUUGGCAUAAAUGAACUGAAGAGGAAGGUGUUAAUCAGCGAUAGUCAGCACUAUGGAGUGACCGUGCCACAUACCACCAGAGGGAAGAGGAACCAGGAAUGCGACGGCGUGGAGUACAUAUUUAUCUCUAAGCACUUGUUUGAGGCCGACAUACACAAUAACAAGUUUAUUGAAUAUGGCGAAUAUAAAAACAAUUAUUACGGCACAAAUAUAGACUCCAUACGGUCUGUCCUGGCAAAGAAUAAAGUCUGUCUGUUGGAUGUCCAGCCCCAUAGCGUAAAACACUUACGGACAUCUGAAUUUAAACCGUUCGUUAUAUUUAUUAAACCGCCAUCUAUUGAGCGCCUGAGAGAGACGAGGAAGAAUGCAAAGCUCAUCUCCAGCAAAGACGAGAGAGGAUCUUCAAAAGUCUUCACGGAAGAAGACUUUGAAGAAAUGGCCGUCUCUGCACAAGUGAUGGAAAGUCAGUACGGCCACCUCUUCGAUAAAGUCAUAAUAAACGAUGACCUCACAACGGCUUACAAUGAACUGAAAUUAACCCUUGACGGCCUGGAAACUGAGAGCUGUUGGGUUCCUGUAAGCUGGUUGCACUCAUGAAGAAGCCCAAUGACACCAAACAGAUUUUUAUUUUAUUCUUAUUAUUUUUUUUUAAUUUUUGUACAUUUGUUUUUGUUCUGCUUGACUUUGUUUUAAACACUGGC